UGGCAACAUGUCGAGCCCCCAAAGCAACGAGUCUAAGGUAAAUUCCAGCUGGAUUGAUUGGUUCGUUGGGAAGACUGGCAACGAGUUCCUCUGCCACGUGCCCAUCGAAUUCAUAGCGAAGAAGUUCAACCUGAAGGGCCUGAAGCACAAAGAAGAGGCACUGGAGAUUGUCCUGGAUCCGACAUUCGACAGUUCCUUGGACUGGGUCUCCGGCUAUGAGGCGGAGCUGUACGGCAUGAUCCACGCCAGAUACAUCCUGUCUGCGCAUGGCGUGGAUGACAUGCGCCUAAAAUUUGAGAGAGGGGACUUCGGAAGGUGUCCGAGGUUCUACUGUGACAGGCAGAGAACCCUCCCAGUGGGUCUCAGCGACAAGUGGGGCCAGUCUACUGUGAAGGUCUACUGCCCUCGCUGUAACGACGUCUUCAAGCCACGAUCCCGCAAUGAAAUGCUGGACGGGGCCAUGUUUGGGACCAGCUUCCCGCACAUGUUCUUCAUGCAGCUGCCGAUGCUGAGACCCCAGCCGCCCGUGGAGAAGUACGUCCCCCGUAUCUAUGGAUUCCGGUUGCACGAGUCGGCCUUUAUGCCGCUCGCAUCGCGCGAGUCCUCGACCGCGAAUAUGGCAUCCUCGGCCACCUCCUCGGGCACCUCCUCGUCACCCUCCCCUUCCCGAAUUGACCAGGAUGUUUAACUCCACACGAUAUCUUGUUGUUGCAAUAAACACAUUCCCCAGUGCGUUGAUAUGGCCAGCUACCACAUACUCAUGCACCUCUUACACCUCAUACACCUCAUACACUUCAUACCCCUAAUACACCCAACCACCUUUUCUAAAAAAAAAUG